AUGGACAGUGCGUGUUUGCAGGAGGCGGUGGAGGAUGAGUUCACGUGUCCCGGGACGCUGAGGGGAUCCGUGACCUCGCUCCACUCCUGCGUCCAGCGCCUCUUCAGAGUGGACUUCACCAUCGGCACCGAGCAGCACGACUCCGACUCACAGAUCUGGCUCCGGCUCCGGGGCCUCAGGGCCGACGUGCAGGCCGCCAAGCUGUUUGUGAGGGGUGUGGUGAACCAGGAGCAGCAGCAGGAGGUGCUGUAUCCUCUCUCUCUUCACUGUGUGUUCUGUGGAGCUGGAGGACUCUUCAUGGACUGUCUGACACGCAGCACCUCCGCACACAUCAUGGUUGGGUCUCCUGGUUGUCUGCUGGUCUCAGGCCUCAUGGAGCCGGUGGUGAGGGCCUUCUCCCUGAUCUCUGAGCUGGUGGAACGGUGCGAGCCUACCCAGUCAAAGCGCUCCGACCUGGGGGAGCGUGGCCUGGGCGAGUCCCUGGAGUCCAGGCGCACCUUCAAGAACCUGGUGGAGCAGUGGGACGACCGCCACACGCUGGAUCUGCUGGUCCUGCCUGGUUCUGUCAAGGAAAUCUUGUUGGAUUUAGUCAAAGAAGCCAAACUCGGAGACGACGCGUGCCCGCCGACAAAGCAGGAAGACUCGUGGGAUCGAAGCGGGUCUUCGUUGGGAGAGUUCGCUCUCCCGGACGCCAUGACCACCAACUUCAUCGGCAAAUUCAGCAACGUGGAAAGAAACACAGUAAUGAAUUCAAAGUCUCCGCAAGAAAACGGCGAAGGCGAAGACCGCUCCACAGAGUUAUCUGGGGGCAAAGAGUUCUCGCUCCUGCUGAAGUUUUUCACCGCCAUGGGUUACACGGAGGACGUAGUGAAGCGCGUGCUAGCCAAGACGGGAAUACAAGAAGCGUCGCAGAUACUUGAUUUAGUUCAGCAGGAGCAAGACCGCACCGACAAGCUGCUCAGAAUAGGCUCGCAGAACAAGCCGUGCGAAACCGAACACAGCGAAGAAGCGGCAAAAAGUGUUUUAAGUAAGAGACAAGAGAUGUUUAGUGACGGAGAGUCGCGAGGGGGUGCGACCGGGGGCGGGGCGGAGCUCAGAGAUGAGGAUUUUGUGCUGGGAGUGCUGAAGAAGGCGGCAGCUAGCUGCGGCUACAACGAGGAGCGCGUGAGCGAAGUGUACGCCAAGCUGCCCGACCAGUCCAUGCACCAGCUGCUUCUGGAGCUGCAGCAGAAGGAUGCGAAGGAAGAGGGGCCCAGGGAGAUGGACGACGUGGAGGUAGUGGUGGUGUCGGAAGAGAGAGGGCGGAAGAGAGGGGAGAACCAGGAGAAGGCCAGGGAGGUGCCGCCGCCGAAGCAGAGAGAGGUCCGUGCAAAUCGGGGAAACGAGGAGAACGCCCGGGAGUUGCAGAAGCAGAGAGAAGUCCGCGGCGAUGUGUUUGUCAGCGAUAGAAAUCCAAAGAUCCAGAACGGGCAAAAACAAGCCGACAACAUCCGCGGCCCGCCUUUGUCCAGCUAUAACUUCGAUCGGCCGCAGACUGAAGCCGCCUACGGGGCGCGGGAGGCUGCGGCAAACACGAAGGUGUGGGGUCGCGAGCGCAGAGAUGGGUUCCACCAGCAGGGGGCGGCGGCGGUGGUGGUGACGGGAGAGCAGAGGUUCCUGGAGGGACUGCACUCGCGGUUCGAGCUGCAUCUGACCAGCAGUCCGGGGAAAGAGAACCUGCGCAACAUCGUGAUCGACGGCAGCAACGUGGCCAUGAGUCAUGGUCUGGGUCAGUUCUUCUCGUGUCGGGGAAUAGCGUUAGCCGUGCAGCACUUCUGGGACCGCGGCCACCGACAGAUCUGUGCCAUGGUCCCACAGUGGAGGACCAAGAACGACCACCGGAUCAAAGAGCAGCACUUCCUCACGAAGCUGACGGAGCUGGGAAUCGUGUCCCUGACGCCGUCCAGAGAAGUCCAGGGCAAAAGGAUCAGCUCGUACGACGACCGGAUGAUGGUGCGUCUGGCCUGGGCGACAGAGGGCGUCAUCGUAACCAACGACAACCUCCGAGACCUGGCGGACGAGUGCGCCGAGUGGACCGAGGUCAUCCGGAAAAGACUCCUCCAGUACACGUUUGUGGGAGAUCUCUUCAUGGUUCCUGAUGACCCACUGGGACGAGGAGGACCACAUCUGGACGACUUCUUAUCCACAAACACCAGAUCUGCAAACUCCACCAUCCCCAAAAUGCUGACGUACCGCGACCGCUCUCCGGGGACCCAGACCCAGAGGCCGUACCAGUCCAGGCCCAACCACACCCAGACCCAGAGACCAGGCCAGUCCAGAGCCCUGCGGUCCCCUGAGCAGACCACCCUCCUGCAGCAGCAGCUCAGCCUGGUGUUUCCUGGUCAGGAGUCGAUGGUGUCGCUGCUGCUGCAGAGUCACCCUCAGGAGACGGACGUGAACGCUCUGUCGGCGAUGCUGCUCGGAGACGAUUAA